AUGGAUAAAGCCAAGAAGCAUCAUAAUUUAGAAUGUUAUUUCAAGCAAUGGAGUCAAGCACAAAGUUUAUCUGUAAAAGAUAAAGGUAUAUUGAAAUAUAUCGAUAUUAUAGGAAAUAUUGAACUUAAAAGACAUUUAUUUCAAAAUUUUUUUGUUGAGGUAUCCUAUGGGCCUUUUUAUCCUAAUCCUGAUCAACAUAUUAUCAACGAUAACAUUAAAUUAGCUAAAUUAGGUAAAGACUCUUUAGAUAGAAAUAGCGAAACUGUUUAUGGCGAUAUCAAUUUGAAAGAUUCCAUUAGAUUUAAUCCUGAUCUCUUUUUUCUUUAA